GUUUACUUAUUCUUCGGGCUGAUGUCUGUCAUUGUUUUUCAAGUUAUUAGGCAGUUAUUGCUCGUAGGAUACUUAAAUAUGCCCAAAUGUCAUCAAGAGCAGUUUUGCAUGUGGAAGGAAUUGUAUUUUUCAGACUGUAAAAAAUGAAACAAAAAUUUAGAGACGAUAUUUGGUGAUUGGUAAUUUGAAUGAAUUGAAGGCCUUUAUCUUUUGGCGAUUUAAUUACUGUAGAGACUAAAGAACAAUGGGAAAGUUUAUGAUUACAUUCAUGCUGGUUGUAUUGCUAAUUGUGUUUAUGAAAGCAUCCGAAUCGAAGCCGACGUUAAAACAAAACAUAUUAAAAAGUUCAAAAGCAAGAGGUUUAGCCCUAGGGAUUGGAAACGGAAACGGCAUAUGUAAUGACCACGAUCAGUGCCCAGAUGGCUAUGCAUGCUUAUUGGCAGAGGGAAAAACAGUGAAGAAAUGCGUUCAGUGUAACUGUUCGGAGACAAGCCAAUGUUAUCUUGAAAGUGAAACGACGUUCUGCAAUUGCUCAGGAACUGGGUUCACAGGACAAUAUUGUGAAACAUUGCUACCGCCAUGUCCAAUGGGAUGGUAUCAAAACAGAAACAGCUGUUACAUCUAUGACUGCACGGCGUAUGAUUGGAUGGCCGCUGUUUGGCACUGCCAGUCCCUUAGUCCGAACGAAUAUCCGAACUCUUAUCUUGUUGAGAUCACAGAUGAAGAGGAAAACCAAGUUGCAUUUGCCAUUUCAGGCAUUACAGGUUAUUCAGACGCUUGGAUUGGUUUAUCAGAUACGGAGUCAGAAGGCAUUUUUAAAUGGAUAAAUUCCGGGAACAUCGUAACAUAUAAACCUUUCGACUAUAUAUACGAUGCGUAUUACCCUUACAUUUACCCCGUGGAAGUGAUGGACUGUGUUCAUCUACAUUAUGAUCACUGGGAUGCAGAGAUAUGUGGAAAGUUCAAGCCUGUAGUGUGCGAGAUGCCAGCAUUAAUACAGUAAAAUGGAGAGAAGAUGGGACGAAGUCUAUGGACAUUUUGUUUUAUUUAGGUCGUUAUAAUGAGUACUGUUAACUGGUUAAUCAAUGAAUAAUAAUAUUGUUGAUUAGUGGGAUUUUGUUUUCUUUGUUCUUUCAAGGUGUAGCUUAAACUGUUCAGUUAAUGAGAGACAAUAUUGCUUGUCAAUGAAUGAUUGUUACAUUUGAUGUACAUAAUUAUGUAUUUUGUUCUUGAAUUCGUUAUUAUACAUUUUCUUUAUACUUUAAAUUGUUUAGUCAAUGAAUAAUGAUAUUAUGUUUACGACAAUGUUAGUGUAAAUAGAGGUAGUUAUAUAUUUGUUUUGUCAUCUUAUAUCAUGUGGGUUAUGAUAAUAAAAUUGAUGGGAC